AUGUGCUAUAAUAGGCAAGCUAUCCCUCCGCCUGUUCCUAAUAGACCCAGUGAUAUGUCUAAUAAAGGACCACCUCCUUUGCCACCUCGUGGAGACGUUCAACCACCAGUGUGUUCUUCUGAGGACCCCUUUAAAUCUGGAGUUAGCAAGGUUGUAGGUGAAUCAUUGCACAUGUCAAAGUUUCCAGAAAAUUUAACCCAUACUUAUAUGAAUGAUGACGAUCUUUUCCAAUCACCCAUAAUAUCUAAUUUGAAAGCCCCUCCUUCAGUCUUCAAGAGUAUUCAACAUCCGGUACCAAUGCCGAAUAUUGUUGAUCAAUCUGCUGGCCCAUUAGAAACGAACAAGUUUUACACAAACAUGUUACUAGAGGAUAACACACAACCGAUAUGGACACAUCCUUAUUCUCUUUGGUUUUCCCGCGACCCAGAAUUUUUUGGUUUGGCUGUCAAUCAUACUUUAGCUUCUCAAAGGGUGUUUGAUACAGAUACGAACCCCCCUAGGUUCUAUUUUAACCCCACAAAUAUAAAAUCCUUUGUAUUCAAGGCAAGGGAAUUUGCCUCGGCGAGUGAUAUCAGGCUUGAAUUCCAGGACAUCAAACAUAUGUCGGUACAAAUGGUAAUGUCCUUGAGUAAUUCGCAAUUCAUAGUGUGUCCACUAGUUCAAGGGAUGGGCUUUGUCACGGCUAUUUAUCACAAUUUAGGAUUCGAAUUAAGAAGUGCUGUUGGUUUUAGGAGCUUGGAACGUGUAAGUAUAAAUGAAAGGAAUGUUAAGUAUAAUAUACAACUUGAAGAUAAUAGGAUCUGGCCACUCUAUUUAACCUCACCAGAUUACUCUUUUCCACAAGAUUUUCAAGUGUCAUUAAUCAACAAUAAUACAAUUAUAUCAUCUCAUAAAAUUGAUGGUCUUGUUUGUCAGUUAUCUGGAGAUUCAGUUCCGGAUAUUGAUAGAGCAGCAGGCUGUUAUCCAGUGCACUGUGAUUUAUUAGGGCAGAUAUCUAACGAGCACCUCACCAAUUAUAGAUUCAACUAUACCGUUGCGGGCCACUCACUUUCCGGUACUACACUAAUGUACGCUCUGCCACACCAUAAAGCAGCAUUCACGCCAGAGAUGCAGGGACGUGAAACAGAUUCUACUUUAGAUUCAACGGUUAAAGGCGUAAUGACUGGUUACCUCACAAACAGCUUUGAUAUGCAGGUACAAGUACCACAAGAAUUGGGCUUUGAGCCUGUUGCCCUAUAUUUAAAUAAGAAAGCAAACUAUAGUCAUGAAACGUUAUCUAGAAUUCAAGAAGCUGCGGUUCAAGAGAUUCAAAGUAGUGACCCUCAACAGGAAUCAAACAUUGAUUCUAUGUACUUCUCUGGUAAAAUACUUGCAAAAUAUGCGUGGAUCCUUUAUGUCACACACUAUAUUCUUCAUGAUGAAAAUUUAACAAAAGAACUCUUAACUAAAUUGACUGUUGCAAUGGAGAGAUUUAUCAGUAAUCAACAAGUUUUACCUUUAAAUUAUGACCUUACUUGGAAAGGCAUAAUUUCGUCAGGUUCCUCUAGCCAAGACUUUGGUAAUUCUUACUACAAUGAUCAUCAUUUUCAUUACUCUUAUCAUGUCAUAACUGCUGCCAUCAUCUCUUUGGUGGAUCAUGAUUUAAAUGGAGAUACUGACAACUCAUGGUUAAGAAAAAAUAGAGAUUGGGUUGAAUGUUUGAUUAGGGAUUACUCUGGCGCUGAUAGCGACGAUCCAUACUUUCCUCAAUUUAGAUCAUUUGAUUGGUUUAAUGGACAUUCAUGGGCUAAAGGAUUAUUUCCAAGUGGUGAUGGUAAGGAUGAAGAAUCUACUUCAGAGGAUGUUAAUUCUUGCUAUGCAAUAAAAUUGUGGGGGUUGGUAACUAAAAACUCUAAACUGGUUGGAAUAUCUAAUUUGCAGCUCGGCAUCAUGAGAAAUGUUUUUCAAAGCUACUUCCUAUACGAAAGUAAUAACACCAUUGAACCUAAAGAAUUUAUUGGUAAUAAAGUUAGUGGUAUCUUAUUUGAAAAUAAAAUUGAUCACGCCACAUACUUCGGUAUGGAACCUCAAUAUAUUCAUAUGAUACAUGCCAUUCCUAUAACAUCCGCAUCUUCAUGGGUUAGAUCGCCAAAUUUUGUCAAAGAAGAAUGGGAAGAAAAGAUGCAGCAGAUAAUUGAUCAAGUUAAUGAUGGUUGGAAAGGUAUAAUCAUGUUAAAUAUGGCUUUGUUUGAUCCAAAAUUUUCAUAUGGUUUUUUCAGUCAGCCUAAUUUUAACAGAAGUUUCUUGGACAACGGACAAAGCCUAACUUGGUCUCUGGCUUAUUCAGGUGCUUUUUCUUAG